AUGCUGCUUGUGCUGGCUCUGCCGCGGGACUCGGCCUGUGCCCCCUCAGGUCUGCCACGGGACUCGGCAUAUUUGCUCUGCAAGUCCACUCUCCGUGGGCACGGGGGAAUCCACAAGAGGAGAGGGACAAAAAGUAUCCUCAGUGGGGUUAACAGUAUUUGUUCCCAAAGCAAACGUGUCUCAUUUCUGUUCCAAUUCGUUUUCUCCCUGCAGUUGAUCUGCUCCCUCCAUGGCUUUACACGGCAAGUUGUAUUUCAAGGACUGACUUCAGCUGAAGAGAUUCUCCCACUCUUUCCUGAUAGCUUUCAUCAAAACCUGAAGAAUCUGUUAACUAAAAUAAUUGUUGAAAACAGAGCUGCCUGGCGGAAUGAAGCACUGGCAAACCAGAUUUCCUUACCUCAACUCACUGACAUGGAUUGGAGAGUAGAUAUCAAAACAUCCUCUGACAACAUCAACAGAAUGGCAGUGCCCACGUGUCUGCUCCAGAUGAAGAUUCAGGAUGAUGUCAGCGCCUGCCAAGGUGGACCCAUCAUAUCUACUGUCUCUCUUGAAUUAAGUAAAGAAAAACUGGAUACAAUGUUGGAUGGACUCGGUCGAAUUCGGGAUCAGCUUUCAGCUGUCGCAAACAAAUAGCGUGUUUGCUGACUGUAUCAGAUGAGUUACAAGCAUUGGAAAGGUCUAAAAGCAUCAUAUUUGGACCUGAUGAAGUGCUCUGUUACCCUGUUUUGUUAUAAUGGGAUAUUGCAAUAAGUUUUCACCAUGUCUGAGAUUUCAUUUCAAGCACAUUGAAUCUAUGAUUUCUGUAAUUUUCCCUUCCACAUUCAUUGCCAUUUGAUAUAAAAUGCCUUAUCAAUGUUUGUGUUUUUCACAACUUAUUUGUCCUAUGUAUUAAGAUUUUCAUAGUAUAUAUUCACCAAUGUCUCCAACUGUUUGCCUGAAGAUCUCUAGUACAAAAUGUUAGUAAAAGAUAUCACUUUUGUAAUUUAAAGCAAUGUCAAAAUCUGAUUUUUUUUUUUGAAGCCUUUAUUCUUUUAAUUGAAAAAUUCCUCAACUUGAUAUCAGAGACAAAACAUGUAACUUGUAUGUAAUUUAUAUUUUAUAGAAUUUAAUUGGAAUAGUGUAAUUAAUUGUAAAGUCCAGUCCUGGACUGUAUUGAUGUGUGUAGCUCCAUGUAAGCAUUCAUGUUCACGUUAGCUUUGCAGAGCCGAACAGGAUAUAUGGUACAAUUCAGGCUCAGUUGGGAUUUAAGUAAUACUGUAUUGGUUAGCCUUUGAUCAGUAACAGAAUUGAAGCAUUGAGGAAUUAUGUUGCCUUGGUGGAAUGAGUGGAUUAGGUAACAUCAAUGUGGAAUGAAUAGGGUUAGGUUGUAUGUACCUUCACUAUUUCAUGUUAGCCUUUAGAAUUUAUUUUACCAGAUCCCGAACAUUUAGCAAAUAUGAAGUUAUUGUGUGUUGGAUGGCAAAAAAAUGUAAUUAGCUUGGAUCAAAUUCUGUAAUUUCACUGACAAAUUGAGAUAAAUGAGAUCUUUGCCUCCUCCCUUAUUCCAUUGUUUGUACACCUCUUGCUACAUUAUAUUUAAUUGUGUCGCUAUUUACAAAUGUACCUACAAUUAAUGUGCCAAGUAUCAGUCCAUUCAGCAGAUGUGCUUCUGCAAACGUGAAGAUGUUAUCCUUUUUGUUAAAUUUAGCUUGAGAUUUUCUCUGUCCUUUAGUUCUUCAUUCCUGAGUAACAUACCUUUUCAGCCAUCAUUCUUGCUGCUUUCCUUAUUUGGUUGUAUGUCUGCUAAUUUUUUUUAAUGCAGCACAUUUAAAUUUCUCUGCCUCAUUUUAUAUAAUCAGAUAUAUCUAGGUUAUUUUUUUUUCACUUAUAAACUAUUAUUAAAGUUAAUAUUCACU